AUGCACAGCUACUACCUUUUCCAAGCCAGGCUAGCCAGCGGUGGCAGCUGCUUUAUCAAGAACCAACACACCAUCGCUUCACAUCACCCUGAACAGGGAGCACCCACCCGCAAACUGGCUCCGUCCUUGACUGGCGGUCCUCAGCGACGUGAUUUGAGACUCUCGGAGGGACCGGGUUUAAAGCACGAUUGUUCUCUUCCCAAUGGCAGACCCAUCGCUCACUGCAAGUUAUAUAUCACGAGCAUUAAGCUGGGGACAAUGCAGGAGAAUGCAUUCAACUGCAAACACUAUGAGGUUCUUUCUGAGAACGCCACAUCCCAGAUGGAUUGUCUGCUUGUGGCCACUGUCACUGGAGAGACAUUCCUGGUGAAACCGGCUCAGUUGGUUCUGCAGAAUAAUGAACCGCGACCUGUGUUACAGAUUCGGCCGGGUGAGAUCCAGGUAAAUGUUGAACCAGACAUAAGUGGUAUUCAGUUUGGACUGGGGGCCUUUGAUGGAAGUUCAGUAGGUUCUCAGCAGGGUUCAAGCGGCUUCCUUGGCAUCGGCGGUUCACAGCUUAUUUCAGGCGUUUCUUCGCCACAGUCCACAGGGUCUUCGUCACAAUCCUUUGUGUCUUCAUCGCAGUCCUUCAGUAGCUUCCAGCAGGGCUCAGGUGGAGCUCAGGGACUCGGUGCUUCUAGGCAAGGUGGAACUGGUCUAGGUGGAUCUCUCGGUUCCCAGACUUCAGCCAAUUUCCAAUUUGUAUCUGGUGGUUCGUCUCAAGGGGAAGGAAACUUCCAAGGGACAGGCGAUUCAGUACAAGGAGUAGAUGGUUUACUGCAGGGACUCGACAGUGCCCAACUGAGUGGGAGUAGGCAAGUGCAAGGUUCAAGUGGUUCAUUAGAAAACUUAAGUGGCUCUCGACAGAUAUCCAGCAACCUCCAACUUGGUGAUCUUUCCAAAGGGUCUUUGAAUCAAGGAUCACGACAAGUCCUUGGUGGUUCUCAGCCGGGUUCGGGAGGGUCAUCACAGCCCGGUGGUGCCCUCCAGGGAACAUCUGGAUCCACUCCACUAGGAUUUGAUGCUUCAUCACAGGGCUUCAGUCCAUCCCAAGAAUUCAGCGGUUCCACAAGCGGCUCAACUGGGACACCACAGGGUACAAGCGGUUCACCACAAGGAUUCGGUGAUUUGCCGCAAGGGUCUGGCGGUCCAUCACAAAGAUUUAGUGGUUCAGUUCAAACAUCAGGGACUUCCAUUCAAGAGCCAAGCGGUUCAUCACAAAGAUUAAGUGGCGCCACUCAAACCUCUAGUGGUUCAUCGCAGUUCGGUGGUUCCACACAGGGAGCUAGUUUUUCCUCACAAGGAUUUGGUGGUUCACCUCAGGUCUCAAGCGGUUCACCACAAGGCACAAGAAGUUCACCACAGUUAAGUGGAUCUACCCAAGGCUCAAGUGGUUCACCGCAGCUGAGUAGUUCUAGCCAAGGUUCAGAUGGCCCAUCACCGUUAAGCGGUUCUACCCAGGGUUCACUACAAGGAUCAAGAGCUCCCUUGCAGAGCUUUGGUGGUUCAAAUAAGGGUUUCAGUGGCUCAGCUCUAGGAUCAAGUGGUUCAUCACAAGGGUUCACUGAUUCAGUACAAGGGUCAGCUGGUUCACCACAAGGGUUCAGCGGUUCAUCACAAGGGUUUAGUGGUUCAUCACAAGGGUUCAGUAGUUCACAAAGAGUUAGUGGUUCUACCCAAGGCUCUAGCAACUCUGCUCAAGGGUUCACUGGUGUAGUACAAGGGUCAACUGGCUCACCACAAGGGUUGAGUGGUUCACAAACAUUUAGUGGUUCUGCCGAAGGCUCCAGUGGUUCUGUACAAAAAAUCAGUGGUUCUGCACAGGGUUCUAGUGGUGCAUCUCAAGGUGCAAGGGGUUCAUCGCAAGGGUUCGGUGGUCCAGUACAAGGGUCAGCUGUUUCAUCCCUAGGGGUUAGUGGUUCACAAAGAUUUAGUGGUUCUACCCAAGGCUCUAGAGGCUCAGCUCAAGGAUCAAGUGGUUCAUCGCAAGGGUUCGGUGGUCCAGUACAAGGGUCAGCUGGUUCACCCCUAGGGGUUAGUGGUUCACAGAGAUUUAGUGGUUCUACCCAAGACUCUAGGGACUCAGCUCAAGGAUUAAGUGGUUCAUCGCAAGGGUUCGGUGGUCCAGUACAAGGGUCAGCUGGUUCAUCACAAGGGUUCAGUGGAGCAGUGCAAGAGUCAGCUGGUUCAUCUCAAGGGUUCGGCGGUUCACAAAGUUUUCGUGUUUCCACCGCAGGCUCUGGUGAUUCAGCACAAAAAUUUGGUGGUUCUACACAGGGUUCUAGGGGUGCACCUCAAGGAUCUAGAGGUUCAUCACAGGGAUCAAGAGGUUUAUCUCAAGGAUUAGCGGGUUCAACCAAGGGAUUCAGUGGUUCACCACAGGGAUCAAGUGGAUUACCUCAGAGUCCUCGAGGCUCAGCUGGUGGAGCAAGUGGUUUACAAAGAUUCAUUAGCCCUGGCCAAGUUGUGGGGGGGUCGUCGCGCGGAGUCUCCGAGGGCCCGCGAGGAAGCGUGACGGCAGGUUCCGGGGCCACGGGCGUCGCCUCCGCUGGAGCACUGGCCGCCGCGCAGAAGGGCGCCGGCACCGCCUUGUUCCGGAGCUCCUUUGACAGACGCCAAAAUGCAGCCGGCAAAUUCCAACGAGGCGGCGGCCGUGGAUCUCUGUCCAUCGCGCAGACCUUCGACAGUUCUCCAUUCCAACCGGCACCGGUUCCAUCGCCACAGAACAUCGAAGAGAUCAAGGGCGUAUUCGAGCCACUGAACUUACCCUCAGGGGCCACUCUCCUUCUGGGGAACAUCGCUGGCACCUUCACUUGCAGAGACCGACCCUAUGGAUACUAUGCUGACCAAGAUAACUCCUGCAGGAUCUUCCACAUCUGUUAUCCUGCCUUGUUUACUGAUGGCCGCACCGAGACUUACCAAUACAGCUUCAUGUGUGGUGAGAGAACCCAAUUUGAUCAGAAAGAAAUGACUUGUGCACACGAAGCUGAAGCCAUUCCAUGCAGUUCGUCGCCAGAAUACUUCUACAGAAACAGCGAGUUUGGACUUCCUGAGGAGCGCGCACAGUUCUAAACACGGAAAUUACGACCUUGCUUUAACGUGUCCAGGCGUUCGUCUUCCGGAUCGUCCCAUUCUUAUGUGUUUCUGUGUGUUAUUUUUGCAUCCUGUGUAUAAAACUGUCUCUGAGAGACACGGGAUCAAAAUAUCACAAUAAAUAACAACCAGGCA